CUGUCCUUUGGCAAACAGAUGUAGAGCUGAGCUUUGUUCUGAGAUUUUGGGAGACUUCAUCUCGAUUUCUACUUGGAAGAAGCCUAGGUUUGGAAAAACUGUGUCUUGGUAGUUUGGAGAACUUGAUUUAAAGGUUAGUCUGCAGUAGUGAAAGUGUCAGUAAUAACACAAGGGACUCCACCAAGUUCUAGCAAAAUAACAGCAAAACAUGAAUAAUUCCUUUUGGACACAAGAAGAAGGUUCUACACCUGAUUUACUCUGCGGGAGGUCAGCUGAUUACCUUGUAACAGAGCUACAUUUCCCACUACUUAUAUGCGCCAUUAGUGUUUUGGGAGGUGUUUUGAAGGUGCUGUUAAAGAAUCAUGAAGUCAUUGUCUUGACAAUUCUUUCUGUAUUAGGAUUUGUGUUAGGACAACUGGCCUUCCAUUUUGUUGAGGUCCAUCAAGUUGUUUACCCUCUACUACGAACACCAAGUUUUUCACUUUAUUGUUAUUUUAUACCUUUAUUUACAUUUAUGGCAUCACUGGGUUUGGACUUUUAUAUACUCAAGAAUGUGUUUUGGCAGAUCUCGUUAACUGGAUUGAUUAGCAUUUUUGCUGAACUUGUCUUGACUGGAUAUGUGGUAAUGAGAUUCAAUGAACGCUCGUGGGAUUUGCAAUGUUGCAUAUUCUUUACCAUCGCCCUUAGCAUAAUAGAUCCUCUUCAUUCUGCAAACUCAUUAGAAACUAUUGGCAUUUCUAAAAUGUAUACUGAUUUCUUUAGAGGAGAAUCAUUGGUCCUUUGCAGCGUCAUGCAUAUUUUUUUUGGAGUUUUUCGGGGUGCCUCCACUGAAAUUAACAUGUUUAGAGAGCUGGAUAUAAUUCUGGGAAUCAUCUUGGAUAUUUUUGGAAGCAUCGUAUUUGGAUACUGGUGUGCAAGAGUCAUUGAGUUUAUAUUGACUGACCCUUUUAACAAUUCACUGACUAAUAUCAUCCUCAGCUUUUCAUUGGUGUAUAUGACUUUCUACGUUGUGGAAUAUUUUGGAAUGUCAGGCAUUGUUGCUUUGAUCACUGUGGGCCUGAAUUUAGAUUCCUUAAGCUUUAAAGCAAAUAUGGAGCAUGUAAUUACUAAGUUCCUACUGAUGUUUUCGUCUGUAUACGAACAUUUGAUAUAUACUUUCUUUGGCAUUGUGAUUGGAUGUGGAGAAAUCGAGUAUUUCACAUUUCACUCUAUAGUUUUCACUCUCUUGUUAUUUUUGACAGUGAAUUUUGUGAGGAUCUUUACUACUAUCGCAUUGACGCCUAUCUUGAUGCAUUUGAGUCAUGAAUACAAUUGGCAAUUAGGAAUUGUUAUCUCCUGGACUGGAAUUAGAGGAGUUUAUAGCUUACUCUUAUCUCCCGAUAUUUAUAAUCUGGCUGAACAAAAAGUAAAGGCUCCACAUAUGUUUAUAUUCCAUAUACAAACAGUAUCAUUGUUGACUAUGGGAAUAAACUCACACAUGAUGACUUGGUCAGCUAAGACAUUAGGUCUGUGUGCUAUUUCCCUCCCAAGACAAAGGGUUAUACAAAAUGUCACUCAUCACAUACAGCAGAUUCUACAGAACACAAUAACUUUAUUUAAAACAGAGAAACUUUUGACGAAUGUUAAUUGGACUUUAGUAGAAGAAAAAACGAAGAUUGAAUACGUUAUUCCUCCCGAUAACCUUCAGUCUUCCCAUCUUUCAAGUAAUGAUGAUGAGUGCCCGACAGAUGAAGUUUUAAUAGAAGAAGCCAAAUUGCACGUAGCUAUAAUACAAAUGAGUAGCUUUGAAAAACAGUGCAACGAGGGACUCAUUGAAGUAGAGGCAGCCCGGAUAUUAAUUGGUGCUACCAAAAUCUACUGCCUCAUCCAAGGAAAAUUCAUGAGCAUUUAUGAUGUUUCAACUUAUGUAAGAGCUAGAAGUUGGCUUAUAAUGUUUAAAAACAUAUUAACUUACAUGGAAUACCAUAAAGAAAGGGGAACUUUUGUUUUACCUGGGAGAAAUAGAUUAAUCUUAUUUGUAUACCGCAUUAUAUUUUCAGAAGAAUUUGAAUAUGCAGGAUAUAUUAUAACAUUCAUGUAUAUUUAUCCUCUCAUAAUACAUUUAUGGCCAGCGGCAAGAAAGUUAAAUGUGUCGGCACUGAGUUCAAUGAACUACUAUUAUUUAUUUUUAUAUGUAUUGCAGGCAGCAUUGAAGAUAACAAUUUUGAGAAAGAAAUAUUUUCAACAGCAUUGGAAUGUAUUGGAUUUUAUUAUCAUGCUUGUUGGCUUGUUUGACGUCUUUUGUAUAUACUGUGUCAUAUUGAGACCAGGCAACUUGUUUCUUAUCCAGCUCACAGUGACAUUAGGAUAUUUCAGAAUAGUUAGGCUUCUCCCCCUUUGCAAGUUAUUAAUACCAGUAUUGAUAAAUAAGAUAGACGUACAGAUCAAAAAGCACCUCAGCUUGGUGUAUACUAUUACAAAAGGAUACGCCAAAAGUCAAGAAGAUGCCAAAGUGUUAGUAAAACAAAUUUCUGGCCGUGAAUCAGUGUAUCAGAAAUUGCAUGACAUUUUGGACAAAAACAAACAAGAUGCUAUCAGAGAGCUAGGAUUCAUAGAGCACGAGAAUCGUGAUGUUGUCAUUGCUUUAAAGACCAAACAGGCGGUCCGGAGAGUGUUUGCUAAAGCUCAGAAACGUCUCACCUUCCUUUGGUCAAGAGGCAUUAUGGAUAGACAUGAGGCCAUCAGCAUGAACAAUGUAUUUCUUAACAAAAUAAAAGCCCUGAAGAAUUUUCCAAUGGUAGCCCCACCUCCUACUCCUGGCCAAUACCUCUCUAACAUCAUUUGGCUGGAAAAUAAAGAUGUUCUCAUUGAGUUCUUCAAGGAAAGAACCAAACUUGCCUACUUUAACUAUGGCGAUGUCGUUUGUAGAGAAGGUGAAAUGCCGCUAGGAAUCUACCUCAUUAUUUCUGGAAUGGCGAGUCUGCAUAGCACAUCUCCUACCUUUGGCAUAGACUGUAUCCAGAGGCCGGACUUUGACGAUGAAACCCUAUUCACAGAAUACUGCACUAGUGGUCAAGUCCUUGGAGAGCUGAGCUGCCUGCUCAGGGAGGAGAUGAAAUACACUGCCAUCUGUGAAACUACGUUACAGGCCUUCUUUAUCUCAUCGGAGAAUUUAUAUGAAGGCUUUGAUAUCUUCUGGCCUUCCCUGGAAUAUAAAAUAUGGCUUAAUUUUGCUCUAAAUACUGCUUAUCAGUAUUUUGAAACAAGUAUUGCUGAUGAGCACUUAGAUUUUCAGAAGUGUGUGAUGAACAAACAUGCCUAUGUGGAGAGCUUACCGAUCUACACUGAAAUGACUCUUAAUAACGUGACCAUGAAAUUUGUCAUUAUUGUGUAUGGCUAUGUGAUUAAUAGUGCUACGGAGGAGCCAUAUCUUGCACCUUACAUUAUACCUAAAACCUGUAAUCAGAUUCAGGGAAUGGUAGAUAUAAGCAAGCUGCUUAUAAUCCAAGCAUCUGGGCUCGGCGCAACUGAUCAUAGCGGUGGCAUGGUCAACCCUGGUUUGCGCACGGCCAAGACAGAACAAUUGGGGAAGAAGAAAGAUAAGUUCAGAACUGGACAUCACUUCAGAAAACCACAUUAAUGAUACAAAUAUGAUGUGUGGAGUCAGAUUAAAGACUGAACUAACACCCUGGCUUGAAUGCUGAAGGAUUACCUGGCAAAGAGUUAUUUAGAAACUGUGGAAACUAGUUUACUGCUGCAUUUAUUUUAUAGACAAUUGACAGAAUGGUGUAUAAACUCUCAUUUUAAAUAUGUGCAGUGUAGUUGAGACAUUCAAAAUUCUUCAGAAGAGAUGCUCUAAAAUUUAUAAGCUACAAAAGGGGCAGGUAAAUUACUAAAUUAAUAAAUUACUAAAUGUGUUGCUUUAUUAAUGUACUACUGUAGCAUAAGAUCUAUAAUUUUUGAGGAAUUGCUAUACUUAACACCUCCCUGAUGUUUUUUAGAGUAUAGUUAUUCUUCCCUCCAAAGUUUAGUCAAUACUGAAAAGUGGAACUAUGUUCUACAGUCUUGGUUACUAAAAGCAAAGCUUACGAGAAAUGAACAUUCUUGCACUGCAUAGUAUUCUUUGAUGUCACUUUUCAAUUUAUUUUAGAGGUCAAAUAAAAUUGAGUGCUAUGGCUGAUAUUAAUCUUUUUUUAAGCAUAUAUUGUUCUUUUUUCAUCCCUACAAGACUUUGAAAAAAAUACAUGAUACUUUAUGGAAAAUCCAGUGUAGUGGGUUAGAACAGAAGGAGAUACAAGAGAAGUAGACAAACUCUCAAAGCAUGUAGAAACCUUCUCAGUCACGCAAAUGCAU